GAAUGAUUAGUGGUGGGCAGCGCAGAGGCAGAUUAUACGGCUCCACACAACUGUUGUUUUAAUCCCCUGGAAGAAGAGAUUUAGCAAGAAAAACCCCAGCCUUUAAACCCAGCAGCCAUAUUGUAUGGAAAAGCGACGGGAAGACUCCAAUUUUCAGGGAAAAAAAAAAAAAAACUCCACUCCUCCGAGACUUUGCAGGAGUUUUGGGGGAGUUUUAAAUUUCCUUUCACAGGUUGUUGGGUUUCUGCUGCACAGCUAGCUCUGCAGCUGGCUGAGGAAUCCAGGCGCUGGGAAUAGUUUUCCAACCAGUUUGGUGCAACACUGGUGUUGUCUUUUUGUACUGGAACUGUUAUAUUACACAACUAAUAAUGAAAGACCGAUUGGAACAGCUGAAAGCGACUUGUGAUCAAGAUGAUGAGGAGGUGGAGAUCGCUGUGGACAACGCAGCCUUCAUGGACGAGUUCUUCUCUCAGAUUGAAGACAUCAGGAACAGUAUUGAUAAAAUUGACGAGAACGUGGUUGAAGUCAAAAAGCUUUACUCGGUCAUCCUGUCGGCUCCCACGUCGGAUCAGAAAACGCAGGAUGACUUGGAAUCAAUCACCAAUGACAUAAAGAAGAUGGCCAACAAUGCAAGAAACAAACUCAAGACCAUCGAGAGAAAUCUGGAGUCGGAGCAGCAGGAGAGGGUGUCGGCGGAUAUGCGGAUACGUAAAUCACAGCAUGCAGUGCUGUCCAGGAAGUUUGUUGAGGUGAUGACAAAGUAUAAUGAAGCUCAGGUGGACUUUAGGGAGAGGAGUAAAGGACGUAUUCAGAGACAGCUUGAGAUAACUGGACAAGCGAAGACAGAUGACGAACUGGAGGAGAUGUUGGAAAGUGGAAAUGCUGCCGUUUUCACUGCUGGGAUUGUGGACUCUGGGAUCUCAAAACAAGCUCUGAGUGAGAUUGAAUGCAGGCAUAAAGAUAUUGUCCGUCUGGAAAGUAGCAUCAAAGAGCUGCAUGACAUGUUUGUAGACAUCGCCAUGCUUGUGGAGAGCCAGGGGGAAAUAGUUGACAACAUAGAGCAGAAUGUAUCCCAGUCGGAGAAUUACAUUAUUAAGGCGAAGGAUGAGAUCGGAAGAGCUGGAAGGUACCAGACCAAGGCCCGCAAGAAGAUGAUCUUCAUCGGUGUGUGCUGUGCAGUGGUUGUAGUCGUCAUCCUCAUUAUCAUCCUCACUCAGACACUGUGACGGGACCGCCGGAUCCCUGCCAUCACCAUCAUGUGUUUUCUUCACCCAGAUUGUCCAUUUUGUUUCAUCUGCUCAAAAAAAAAAAAAAAAAAAAAGAAGCAAAUUCCUGUGUAUGGAUCAGAGCUGCUGGUAUUAAAAAAAGGGGAAGAUGAUCUUUUGUGACUACUUCAGUUCCAGACAAUCUACGGACGCUCUGAUGAGGAAAUGAAAACCGAAAUGCAGCUCAGUACCUGCUUACACCUCUGUGGAAGCAACAAAAAGGGAACUGGGAAAAUAACUGACUGUUUCAUCACUCCUCCAUCACCGAACAUUUCAUUGUUUUUAACGUUUGAUGCCAAAGUUGCACCCCUGUGUAUGUUUGUCCUAAGAUGUUCUUUAAACCAUGCAGGAGCACACACACACACACACACACACACACACACACACACACACACACACACACACACACACACACACACACACACACACACACACACACACACACACACACACACACAACACAGCAGAUCCACUCUUCUUGCCUGAAUGAGCCUCGACACAUAUUACUACUUUAAAAGCUACUGAAUGUUCGCUUCUCCAGGUUAUGGUUGUUUUUAGAGAGCUCCAGCACUUUCACUGUUGAAAAUAUCGAAUUAAGCUAAGGUUUACAUCAUUAUAUUGUAAAUAAAAGAAGUCAUAUUUGUGUACUGUUGACAGUCUUGCAAGAAAAUUUUCUUUUUCAAAUAUGAAGGACGACAUAUUUCAGCAACACUUGAAAGAAAAGACUAACAAGUAAUCCAUUGUCUUCAGAAGGUGCCUUAAAUAUAAUGUUGGCAAAUAGACUGUAAUAGAAACUGUCCAUGUGCUACCAAAGAGUUUGCAGACUAGAAUUAACACUAGUAAAUAUUUUUUUGAUUUCACAAGUUUUUACAUCAGAAUUGUUCAUAAGGACAAUUAUGAUUUAAUUGCUGCCAGUUUAUGAAGUGAAUCCAUUCAAUUUCCUGUUAGAAUGAUGUCCAGACCUAUUUUUCCUUCAUGUUUAUACAAUUAUAUCACCAUUAUAUAAUUUACAAAGGCUUCAAUAAUCAUUUUUAUUUAUAUAUGCUUGAAUUGAAAUGAAAAAGUAACAUUAUGGAGCUUUGACUUUAAUUUUAAAUAUUGUAUAAUGAGGUGAACUUCAGAAGCUGGUAGUUAAGUUGAAUUUUUAUUGGUCACCAUUAUUUUUCUCUGUAGAUAAUAUUCCAGACUGACAGUUUACAAAACAUUACAUUGGCUUUAGCACUUAACGUAAAGAAGGUGGUUGUGUGCACAUAAAGACGAGAUGUCAUUUCAGUCAGUCAACAGGAGCCAAAGUAUUUUCUUCACGAGAUUCUGUGUCUUUACACUUUCAGGAAAUACUUGAAAUCAGCGUCCAGCGUGAUUUUUGUGGCCAUGCAGGUAACCGAAGGAAGAGCGGGGAAAAUUUAAGCUUGUUGCACAUUUCUUAUGUCAAAUAUUUCAAAAGAAUUAAAGAUUUGGGUUUUUUUCUUAA